AUUCCCAGCAAUAUCAACCUCAGCCACAAGGUACCUCUUGGCACAAGAUAUCGAAAUGAGGAUAUGCCGCACGGUAGCUAGCAAAUGCACAAUACGAACCAUCAAAGUACUUGGCAACCUCAAGAAACCCAAUUUCAGCACGCAAAGAUCACAAUAUAAAAGCUCAUCCACAACCCCAUGUAUUGAUAGGUAGCCACAAGAAGCCUUUUCAAGCAUCCAUUCAAGCCUCCGUAGCCAAGAUGGUAGCCCUCAUCCCCUUCCUCCUCCUUUCCACCGUAUCGGCCAUCCCGGCCCCCAUACGACUCACCACCCGCUCCCAGGCAACCCCCCACACUCUAUCCCCCUGGGAUGCAGGCGCAACAGCCCAGUACCCCAUCCACCAAAGCUGCAACGCAACCCAGCGCCACCAAAUCGAAACCGGCCUCAAUGAAACGAUCGCCCUAGUGGAGCACGCAAAAGCCCACAUCCUCCGCUGGGGCAAUGAGAGCACCAUAUACCGCAAAUACUUCGGCAACAGGCCCUCCUUCGAAGCGAUCGGCGCUUACGACAUCGUCAGCAACGGCGACAAAGGAAGUGUCCUCUUCCGCUGCGACAAUCCCGACGGGAACUGUGCUAAUGAUGGCUGGGCCGGCCACUGGCGCGGCGCAAACGCUACCAACGAAACCGUCAUCUGCGAUCUAAGCUACUCAGCUCGCCGCUCGCUGACCUCCAUGUGUGCACUCGGAUACACGGUUUCAGGGUCCAAGACAAAUACGUUCUGGGCUUCGGAUCUGCUGCACAGGCUGUUUCACAUGCCGCCCAUCGGGCAGAACUGGGUAGAGCAUUUUGCUGAUGGGUAUGAGGAGGUUGUGGAGCUGGCUGCUGGGAAUAAAAGUACCUCGACGAGGGAUUCAAACACUCUACAGUAUUUUGCGCUGGAGGCUUAUGCGUUUGAUGUUGCGGCGCCGGGAGUUGGGUGUGCUGGUGAGGUGGAGGUGAGUCAUGAGGGUGCUGAGAGGGGUGAUAGUCAUACUGCAGAUGAUUUGCCUGCGAAUUGUCAUACUCAUGAAGGUGGGGAGGUGCAUUGUACUUAGAUAUACGGUGUUGUUGGGUUGGUGUGAAGGCUCAUAUGAUGUGAGGUCUUAGUGUGGUUUAAUGAGGUUUAAGAGAAGGAAUGUUAAUUUCUGCUAUGGGAUAUACUCACCCAGUCACUCUUUAUGGAUGCUACGAUUUAGAGACAACAGCUUAUGAUUAAAUAUAAAUAACGUGUGAUGCACCGUGUGUAUAUAUACACA